UUCUUGAAGUCACAUGACCGGUUUAAAGUGGGAGUGUAAAGAUGGUGGCCGCUGUUAGUCAGCGCUCAGACCUGGAUCUUUGGAGAACUUUCUGUUUUUUAUGUCCAAUGUUUCAUUGGAGAAACGUCCGUCAGUUAAUAUGUCUGUUUGCUGCCGUGUGUAUCUUGACGAGCCGCUCGCUGGCGGACGAACAGGACUUUCAGGAGGAGUUUCUGAAGCGGGAAUAUUCUCUGGCGAAGCCGUACCGAGGGCUGGGCUUCAGCAGUUCUUCACAGUGGGACCUGAUGGGCACUGCCAUGGUUACACCUGACCACGUGAGGCUGACCCCAGACCUGCAGAGCAGACAGGGAGCGGUCUGGAGUCGAAUUCCUUUUUUCUUACGGGAUUGGGAACUCAAAGUGCACUUUAAAAUCCACGGCCAGGCAAAGAAGAAUCUGAACGGGGAUGGACUGGCUAUUUGGUUAACCAAGGAUCGCAUGCAGAAUGGUCCCGUGUUUGGAAACAUGAACCACUUCACUGGACUUGGAAUAUUCGUGGACACUUAUCCUAAUGCAGACAAACGCUACGAUAGGACACAGCCUGGAAGUCAGAGGGCUUUCCCAUACAUAUCCGUGAUGCUGGGGAACGGGACUCUGUCAUAUGACCAUGAUUAUGACGGACGGCCCACUGAGCUUGGAGGAUGUACAGCUAUGGCACGCAACGCAAUCUAUGACACGUUUGUCCUGGUCAGAUACUCCAAACACAGGCUCACGCUCAUGGUGGAUGUAGACGGUAAACAGGAAUGGAAGGACUGCGCUGACAUCACAGGAGUGCGUCUACCCACAGGCUACUUCUUUGGUGCCUCCUCUGCCACUGGAGACCUGUCAGAUAACCAUGAUAUCAUCUCCAUGAAGUUGUAUGAGCUGACAGUACAGAGGGCUGCUGAGGAGGAGGAAGAGGAGGAGGUCACCAUCCCCAGUGUGGACAACACGGACCAGUUCCAAGUGGAAGUCGAGGAGGAAGGGAUGAGUGGAGUCCAGUUCUUCUUCACCGUUCUCUUCUCCAUCCUGGGCCUGGGUGUGCUGGCCGUAGUGGGGCUGAUGGUUUACUACAGGAAGGAAAGCAGACGUAAACGUUUCUAUUGAUCAGAGAACAACUGAUCUCCACGGGUUUUCAAAAUGUGUGUUUCUUAAUCGACAUACGGCACACGAAAGCAAAAACUGCCAUAGAUCUAUAGCUUUACUGAAACAUCCAAUCAAAUGAACUCAAUGAACAACUUCACAGGGCUGAAGCCCAGAGCCAAGAGAACAUGAACAGAUGAGAAGGUCAUGAACAUGUGAGCCAGCUGUCUGUGAAAUCUUUUUUUUUUUUUUUUUUUUUGGUUAAAUGUGCUCCUGUCAGCCGAGAGGACAGUGCAGUGGGUUGCAUGUUCACCCAUAAGAGCAGAGGAGUCAAUCACAGAUGCUGGAUGUAGUUCACUGACACAGUUUGAUGUGCAGUUACCUCUGACUGUCACUUGGUGCUGCCAGCGCGCAGCUUUAAUCUGACUCUUAUCUGCUGUGAAGACCAAUCAACCUGUGGAUCCUUGUAGACGUCCUGCAGCACUGAAUAAGACUACAUGUAUUGAGCUCCCAUGCAGUUGAGAGCGCCUUAUAAGCCAAGCAGAGCACAUACAGUGGGUUCAUAUUGGCUGAAUGUAAAUGUAUGAUGGAUGAUACAUUGCACUCUAUGUUGUGUGUUACAGGAAAGGUUCUCAGUUAGCAGUGCUGGUUGAGGUGCUUAGCUAGGAUCAAUAAAGACACGCUCUCACCUUCGGUCCUCUCUGCAGGUGUGAGCUGUCUUUCAUUUUGUUCUCUUUGACCUCACAAGUUCUUUGGCUUAAUUUCUUCUCUGUGGUUAUUAACAGUUCUCAGUUCUAAUAAGUACGUUUUAGUUUUAUCCACAAUCUGUUUGUCAUCAGUUAGAGUUUUCAUGCUAAUAAAGUUUAACAUUUUCUGUGGCACUGAAUUUCAUCAGACGCCCCAUCAUAGAUAGUUUGCUCUGGUAUGCACUGUGAAAUUAGAUAGCUGUACAGUCAUUUCAGAGCAUGUGAACAUGAAUACUGUUCAGCUGUUUAACCUGGAAUAUAACUGCUGCCUUCAUACAAGCUAGUGCCUCCCCCCUCCCCUCCCUGUGUCAUGGCUGCUGGACACAAUCCACUGUCUUUCUGGCCACCAGUCUGGUGGCCAGUGCGUCUCACUCGUGGCCCCUUUGUCCCCUCCACUGUUUUUUUUUUUUUUUUUUUUUUUUUUUUUGCCAAAGUACCACUUUUGAAUUUCUAUAAAUGUAUAUAAUUAAUGUCUGCUGACAUUUAUUUAAUAUCGAACAUCCCACAUUUUAACAUGUUCUGUCAUUGUGUUACAGUCUGUAGAUCCUGGUCCAACAGAAACCUUUUCUUUCUGUCCAUUUAACCCCCCAAAACAUAUUUGAGACCCAUUCUGAUUUUAGAGGGGAAAACUCACUGAUUACUGGUAUGGUAGCUGAUGUGGUUCAUUUUUAAGCAGAUAGGCCUAUACAAAGUUGUUGGAAGGCUGCGUUCCUAAAUUUAAGCUAAAUGUAACUUUAUAGAAUAUUUCAAUGAAAUGUUCUAUAACAUAUUACAUAGUUCUAGUUGACACUGAGAGCUGCUUCUUCUCUCGUACUUGUUAUGUUGCCACAGCAGCAUAUACCAAUAUAGUUUUUCUUGUUUACCCAAAACAAGCAGUUUUAAUGUCUGUUUACACUGAUACCAAUGUCAGCAAUAAGCCAAUAAUAUCAACUAAUAUGUUGGUAGGGCUCUGAAAUGCCACUACUACUUCUAAAUCCACUUGAUUAAAGAAAUUACAUGUAAUUGUUAGUAGUGGAAGUAAUGGUGGAGAGGGAAAGUGGGUGGAGUGAAGAACACUGGAGAUGUUGGGUCGGGUGUGUUUUUCUGAAGCGUUUCAUUCCAGUCAUUAGAAUGAGCAAAGAACAGUCACAAAGUGUCAAUUAUAUAAUACAGUAUAAUAUGUAACGUGUCAUAAAUGUGCUUAUGAAAUAUGGAAAAUGAUUCAAACAAAGAACUCUGAACAACAUUGGAAAUGUAUCUGCUUAAGAAGCUUAAAGCUGGCUCGAAGACGCUUCAGCUGCAGUCCUUGGACACAAUGGUUUAUAAGUACAGGUGUAGCUAAUAACACUGUAGAUGUCUGUAAACCGUGAUGGUGUGAAGAAAAAGCCAGAGUGCACAGUGCCAGGACCCUGAACCUAAAGUACCUAAAUGGAAUUUAGCCAUCAUUCAUUUUUAUUAUUUACACCUGUGACACCUCCAACAGUGGCGUCACAAUGUCAUUUCUGCAAAAGCUCCAUCUAAAAUGGAGGCCUGUAGUCUCUGAAUGUAAACUGCUCCUUCUUUACAGUUUAGGUUUUGUUUCAUUGAGUUGUUUGUAGCAGUGUUAACUACCAGGGAGAUUCUCAUUUAGUUGUAUUUUGGUUCUCAUAGCUGUUUUUCAAUCAAUAGUAAAACCACUCUUUGGUCUGACAUGCUUAGUCAUAAAGCUUUUAACAAAGUGUUUAGAAGUUUUACAGUGUUACAAUAUGUCCUCCUAAAUGGUUUAAUGUCAGUUAUCUUUUCUAAUUUUCUUUCUCACUGUGAGCCAUGAUUGGGACAAACAUCCCUCUAGUUAAUUAUUUAAAUAAAGUGUUCAGCUGAUUCAAUAAAGUGCCUUUUUUCUU